UGUCAGAGAGCCGCCCGGCAUUUGGGCGAGCGCGCCGGACGGAAGUGGGGCGAUGGCGGAGCUCUAUGUCAAGCCGGGGAACCAGCAGCGCGGCUGGAAUGACCCCCCUCAGUUCUCUUACGGGUUGCAGCAGCGUCCGGCUCCUUCGAGCGGUUGGACCCAGCGGGGUCCCUUCCGGAGAAGAGUGACGACGGCGAGAGAAGGAAAGGAUCCGGAAGCGGUGCGGCAGCCCCCCGUUGCCUCUAGCCCAGUUGGAUUACUUGCCCCAAAGUCUGCAAACCUGCCUCCUUCUGGACCACCAGCCUCCUCAUUUCAGAGAGCAGAUGCCACAACAUCAUCUGUUGUAGAGUCUGAGAAGGAAUAUGAUGUAGAGGAUGUGCUUUCCUCCUUGCAUGAGGCUCUGAACAACUGUAGGACUUUCGUGCAGAAACAGGUUUGUGAUGAUAUCCAUAAGCGCUUGGUAAUUCUGCAGGAAAUGUGGGCACAAGGCAAAUUAUCUUCCCCUGUAAAAAAAAGAAUGGGAAUUCUAACAGAAGAGCUCAAGAGUCAGCAUUGGGAUAUAGCUGAUGAGAUUCAUCGCUCACUAAUGGUGGACCACGUUGCUGAAGUAAGCCAGUGGAUGGUGGGAGUCAAAAGGCUUAUUGCUGAAAUGAAGAACUUGCCUGGAGGAGAUCCACCGCAGUAGAUAAGCAAGGAGUCAACCCUGUUUGAAAUCCAAAUGCUUAUGAUUUGUCUGAGACCAGGAACUGGGCAAUAUGAAAAUAGGCCCUGCCUGGAAGGCAACCUGGUCCAGGGGGAUUUGACUUCUAACCAGUGAACAGUUUUAUCUCCUUAAUAACAGUUGCAUUUUCCAACGUGAUCACAUCAUGAACAAUGAGAAUUUUUCUGAUACGCUAACAAACACAGAGCAACUUUUUGAAGAUAGGUUAAAAAUAGCAAUUUUGCAGAUACUACUUUUUAAUUGUACAGUGAAUCCUAAGUGCCAUACUGGUGUUAAAUUUAAACAGUUAGUAUAGCUACAGUAAAGUCUUCCUAUUUUUUUUUCUUUUCCCAAUAAGUGUGUUCCUUAUUUUGCCUGCAGAAUUCACUACACCUUCUUCUCUAUUCUCUAAAGAGUGCCUAUUGUACAAAAGCUGUUUUCUGUUCUUGAGCAGAGUUCAGUACUAGAGAUUACUAAAAUGAGGGACAUUAAAUUUUAGAAAACCCAUUUCUAACAGUCACUUCAUUUUAGGGAAGACUUGAUUCCUAUUUAUUUUAUAUGGCUGUAUUAAAACUGCUGAAACUUUUCAUUUUAUCUUUUUUCAUUUAGCCAGUUGCAUCUGACAUCUUUUCUCUUGUAGCAGGUGGACUGGAACAAGAAUAGUUGCUGGUUGCCCUAUGCUUCUUGUUUAAAACAUAAUAGAAUCCUAAAAGAAAUUUUUACUAUUUUAUAAAAUAUCUGGAAACAGGUUUAAAUGGCAGCAAAAGGAUUUUUGAAUAAAGUUUACUAAACCAGAGUAGUUUCUUGGGUCCCUGCAGAGAUUGGUGGGUGAGUCUUGAAGGCCUCAUUGCCCCUUCUCAUUCUAUGGGGCUUUUGAUGGAGGGAUGGUGUCACGAGCAUUUUCCUCUGCCAGCAUUCAACACUUCUGAUGUGGUUUUUCCUGGAUUUGGCAUGUUGUGUUUAAUAUAUGGAUAAAAUAGUAGCAUGUAUCAACAUUUGUUUUGUUAAACUGUGAAACCUUCAGAGAAGUUGGUGUGUUUGUGCGUGUUUAUGUGUGUGUAUAAUAUGUAUAUAUAAAAUAUAUGGAGAAGGGAUGAAUAUUACCAGUGGAGAUUAAAAAUAAUAAAUUAUGCUGUUA